AUGCGAAUCAUGGGAUUCGCUGACGAUGAGAUCACUUCGGUUCUACGUGUUGUUUCGGCAACGGUUCUUAUGGGUAAUCUCGAGUUCACCCAAGAGAAGAAAUCCGAUCAAGCGAUCCUUCCCGAUGAUAGAGUUAUCCAAAAAGUUUGUCACUUGCUGGGCUUGCCGGUCAUCGAACUGACCAAGGCUUUCUUGAGACCACGAAUUAAGGUUGGCCGUGAGUUUGUGAACAAAGCUCAGAAUAAGGAACAAGCUGAAUUCGCUGUAGAAGCGAUCGCAAAGGCGUCUUAUGAGCGAAUGUUCAAGUGGCUGGUGAAUCGUAUCAACAAAUCCCUGGACCGAACACGUCGUCAAGGAGCCUCAUUCAUUGGGAUUCUCGAUAUUGCUGGCUUCGAAAUUUUCGAAUUGAACUCAUUCGAGCAGCUCUGCAUCAAUUUCACAAAUGAGAAACUUCAACAGCUCUUCAACAACACCAUGUUCAUUAUGGAACAAGAGGAAUAUCAAAGAGAAGGAAUCGAAUGGCAGUUUAUCGAUUUCGGCCUCGAUCUUCAACCAACAAUCGAUCUGAUUGAGAAACCCAUGGGUCUGCUGGCGUUACUCGAUGAGCAGUGCCUAUUUCCGAAAGCAACCGACAAAACGCUUGUGGAAAAACUCCAGAAAACUCAUAGCAAGCAUCCGAAAUUCAUCGUGCCGGAUAUGCGUGCGAAGAGUGAUUUUGCUGUGGUACAUUACGCUGGUCGAGUAGACUAUUCUGCUGAUCAGUGGUUGAUGAAAAAUAUGGACCCUCUCAAUGAGAAUGUAGUCGCUCUAAUGCAGGCUUCGACAGAUCCAUUCGUGUGCGGCAUUUGGAAGGACGCUGAGUUUGCUGGCAUUUGUGCAGCAGAAAUGAAUGAAACGGCGUUUGGUACUCGUGCUAAGAAAGGCAUGUUCCGUACGGUGUCGCAGCUUCACAAAGAACAACUGACACGUCUGAUGACUACGCUAAGGAACACCAGCCCUCACUUUGUGAGGUGUAUCAUUCCAAAUCAUGAGAAGAAGGCUGGCAAGAUCAAUUCUAUGCUUGUGCUUGAACAACUGCGAUGUAAUGGUGUACUGGAAGGUAUCCGUAUCUGCAGACAAGGUUUCCCCAAUAGAGUGCCAUUCCAAGAGUUCCGUCAUCGAUACGAGAUUCUUACACCAAAUGUGAUACCUCGUGGCUUUAUGGAUGGAAAAGAAGCUGUGAAGAAGAUGAUAGAAUACCUAGAAGUAGAUGCAAACCUUUAUCGAAUCGGUCAGUCGAAGGUGUUCUUCCGAACUGGCGUACUUGCUCAUCUUGAAGAAGAGAGAGAUUUGAAGUUGACGGAUCUCAUAAUUCAAUUCCAAGCUCAGUGCCGUGCGUUCCUUGCCAGACGCCUUUACGUGAAGAGGAUGCAACAGUCCAGUGCUAUCCGUGUCCUGCAACGUAAUGGACUGGCUUGGAUGAAGUUGAGAAACUGGCAAUGGUGGCGUUUGUUCACUAAGGUGAAACCGCUCUUACAAGUAACAAAUCAAGAAGCGGCCAUUUCUGCCAAGGAAGACGAACUCCGUGCUAUUCGUGAGAAGCUGGAGACCGUCGAAGCGGAAUACCGUGACAGCAUGUCAAAGAUUGAUCAGGUGAUGGCAGAAAGGAAUGUCCUGCAAGACCAGUUACAACAGGAGACUGACAACAACGCAGAACUGGAAGAAGUUAAGAAUCGGCUUCAGCUCAAGAAGAAUGAACUCGAAGAGAUGGUCAAUGAAAUGCGUGACCGUCUUGUUGAGGAAGAACAACGAACGGAGAAGAUGGGACAGGAGAAAAAGAAGCUUGUUGAGACAGUUCGCGACCUCGAAGAACAACUUGAACAGGAAGAGCAGGCUCGCCAGAAGCUCCAACUUGACAAGGCCAACGUCGAUCAGCGAGUCAAGAACGUCGAAACGAAACUGGUUGAUAUUACGGAUGCUCAUGAUAAACUGCUCAAAGAGAAACGUAUGCUAGAGGAUAAGAUGAAUCAGCUCAAUGUGCAGCUUAGCGAGGAAGAAGAACGAGUAAAACAAGUAGCUAGGCAACGUGGAAAGGUCGAAGGACAUGUUCAAGAGCUUGAACAGGAACUGCUUCGAGAGCGUCAACUCAAGGCUGAAGUGGAACAACAGAAACGAAAACUGAUCACUGAACUCGAGGACACCCGUGAAUUGCUUGAAGAGAAACGUAACAAACUGGAGGAACUGAACGGGCAGCUGAUCAAGAGGGAAGAGGAAUUGUCUCAAGUAUUGACUAGGUCCGAUGAAGAGGCUGCGAAUAUAGCGCUCCUUCAAAAACAGAUCCGUGACAUGCAGACAAUAAUAGACGAGCUUCGUGAAGACAUUGAGACUGAACGAGCUGCUCGUAAUAAGGCUGAGACGGCUCGCAGAGAGGUAGUCGCUCAGCUUGAAAAAGUAAAAGGUGACAUGCUAGACAAGGUUGAUGAGACGAGCGUUCUUCAAGAUAUCAUGCGAAGAAAGGAGGAUGAAGUUCGAGAUCUUAAGAAAGCUUUGGAAUCUGCUACUCACGCCCUAGAGAACAAACUUGAAGAACAAAAGCAGAAGUACAAUCGUCAAGUUGAAGAGCUUCAUGAGAAAGUCGAGCAGCAGAAGAAGAUGUGUUCUCAACAGGAGAAGUUCAGGCACCAGUUGGAUAAUGAGAGAGCUGAGCUGGCUCAAGAGUUGGCCACAGUCCAAGCUCAAAAGGCGGAAGCGGACAAGCGCCGAAAGCAUCACGAGUCGCAAGUAAUGGAUCUUCAGUCCCAGCUCGCUGAAUGUGAUGAACACCGUAUGCAAGCGCUUGAGCAGCUCGAUAAGGCUCGCGAGGAAUUAGAACAGCUCUGUCGUACUCGUGAAGAUGAAGAGCAGAUGGUGUCGAACUUGAAUAGGAAAAUUGCGGCCCUGGAAGAGCAGUUACAUGAAGUCUCUGAUCAAGUCCAGGAGGAGACCAGAGCUAAACUUGCCCAAAUCAAUCGCGCUCGUCAACUUGAGGAAGAGAAAGCAGCGUUACUUGAGGAAAGAGAUGAGCUUGAUGCUGUUCGGCAGCACAUGGAACGUGACAUGAUGACGCUACGCCAACAGCUCGUCGAAGCUCGAAAGAAAGCCGAUGAGGGUGUAAUACAACAAGUGGAAGAGCUCAGAAAGAAGAAUGUGGCUGACUUAUUUAAUUUUCAGCUGGAAGAUGCCAAUAUUGAACUGGAGAACAUUCGCACAGCUUCUAGAGAAAUGGAAAAGCGGCAGAAGAAGUUCGACAUGCAGCUGGCUGAAGAGCGAGCUAAUGUGCAAAAGGCAAUUUUGGAACGAGACGCUCAUGCUCAAGAGUCACGCGAUCGUGAAACGCGAAUCCUAUCGCUUGUCAACGAGCUCGAACAAAUGAAGGGAGCAAUUGAUGAGACGGAACGUGUUCGUCGUAUGCUGCAAUUGGAGUUGGAUGAAUCGAUCUCUUCCAAGGAUGAUGUUGGCAAAAGUGUGCAUGAGUUGGAGAAAGCAAAGCGUCAACUGGAGCAAACGGUCCAAGAGCAAAAGGCUGCGAUAGAAGAACUGGAAGAUCAACUCGGUUUCGCUGAAGAUGCAAGGCUUCGUCUUGAAGUGAACAUCCAGGCUCUACGUGCGGAACAGGAUCGCAAUUUGACUGCCAAAGAUCUGGAGGCUGAAGAUAAGCGUCGAAGUUUGGUAAAACAGUUGCGUGACAUUGAACAAGAACUGGAGAAUGAACGUCGUGGCAAAUCUGGUGCGAUCAGUCAAAAGAAGAAGAUGGAGCUCAUAAUCGCUGAAAUCGAACAGCAACUCGAUGUAGCGAAUCGGCUCAAGGAUGAGUACAAUAAGCAGUUGAAAAAGAACCAACAAAUGAUCAAGGAAUACCAGCAUGAUAGUGAAGAGGCUCGACAGAUGAAGGAAGAAAUUGCAUCGCAGCUGAGGGAUAUCGAGCGACGACUGAGAUCCGCUGAAGCUGAGAAUCAACGAUUGUUUGAGGCAAAUGAGAUGUUGACGUCCCAGAAGCGGCAGCUCGAACAGGAGAAGGAUGAACUGGAGGAGCACCGUGGCCGGGGAGGCACAUUCUCAUCGGAAGAGAAGCGACGCAUGGAGCAGAAGCUGGCUCAGUUAGAGGAAGAGUUGGAAGAGGAGCAGAACAAUGCCGAGAUUGCUAUAGAUAAACAGCGAAAAGCACAGCAACAGCUUGAACAGCUCACCACCGAGUUAUCGAUGGAGCGGUCAGUUUCUCAGAAAUCCGAGGCCGAACGGCAAGGUCUAGAGCGUCAAAAUCGCGAGCUUAAGGCCAAGAUAGCCGAACUUGAGAGUACGGCACAAUCACGAGCACGUGCUCAGAUCGCCGCUCUUGAAGCAAAGAUUCAAUACCUUGAAGAACAAAAUAGUGCUGAGAGUCAGGAACGCCACAAUGCAACUCGGCAGUUCAGGAGAAUUGAGAAACGCCUUCAUGACACGAUUCUUCAGCUUGAAGAUGAAAGGCGAAAUGUGGAACAGCAGAAGGAGAUUGCGGAGAAAUGUAUUUGCAGCGAGACGAAGCAAAUGCGUCGUUCAACUGGCGGUGGUGCAGCGAGGAGGAAUCGUGAGAAUAUCCGGCUCCGAUCGGCAUACCAAAUACCCGGAUCUAGUGACAAUUUGACUAGAAACGACGAUGAAGAUGGUAGCAUAGGAACUGAAGUUACCGGUUCCGAUCAUACGGACGAGCUCAAGAAGACGACCGUCUAG